AUGAAAGUGGGAAAAGUCACAGAUCACCAGUGCAGGUCACAGCAGUACGGCCUAGUCCAGCAGGUGGUGGAGUCGCACCCAAUUUUCUUUCUUCUGAAUGUCUUGCUACAGCCGAGACGAGAAAAGGAAAUCUUCUUUGUGUCAUGGCCCAAUCCCACCAUAUAUGCUUUAGAGGAUAGUACCUGCUUUCACUUUCCAAGCAAGCCGCAAAGAACUCUGGAAGAGAAGACCCUACGGGCUAUUGUGCCUAUCUCGAUAGAGAACAUCAAAUCCUGUGACUGUAUCCUUAUAGGCACAGCAGACCCGCGAGAUCUACGGCAAUUCAUGGAGGAGUAUGACGCAAAUGUCUCCAAACCAGGUUUCGAGGGUCGGAAGCAACGAGGGGCGGUCUUGGACCAAGAAAUUCUUGAGCAAAUCCUAUCCACAGAUAGGUAUCAUGUCAAGAACUCACCGAUUCCGCUGGGAGCUGUUCGCUUACUGAGGAGCACUGUGGCUACCUCUUCUCGAGGUAGCCGAUACGCCUUGCAGCCACAGCUUCUGCGGGUGCGUGAUUAUUUAUCAGACGAGGCAACUUUGGAGAACGGCGUUUCAUUGCAGGAUAUCACUAAUCAUCGUCUAUCCUCCUGGCCGAUGCGACAGUCUGCAUAUGGUGAGAAGUUCGCCGAAAGUCGACCCCCCUUCGUCCAUGACCCCCUGAGCGGCAUCUCCCCACUCGCGGAAGCCAUCGGACUCCGGAGAACUUUUGACGAUUACUCUGUGCUGAGUGAGCUAGGGAUUUUACUAGGUGGAGACUUACCAGCUCUUCAGAGCUACGUGCAGUCUUGGGAAUGUGCAGCGAAUUCUCUUGUCACCCGACGUUUCCAAACCCUAAGCUGUACAGAGCAAACUGUCUACCAAGACAAGUCACACUCCAGCGGUCAAUCAUCCCAAACAAACAUCGAGUCCGAUGUGGAACUAGAAAGCGAGGAGGAGAAAGAUGUUGAAGACGACUAUGUUGACGAGGGCAGUGCAGAUUCAGAGUAA